AUCACACACCCUGCCAGUCGAACACAUCAAGUACAUUUGGAUGUGUGAGCGAAAUGUUUUGUCUGUAGAGGGAGAAAAGAAAGGCAACAUUUGUGGGUUUCCUUCGAUCUCAUUCACAACUUUGAUGUUUAAAUUAAAACCAGCGGACAUCUUUCCCAACGAUCUUGGCUGCAGCUCAGAUUUAUUUUGAUCCACCGGUCAAUGCGAAGACGCACCCGCUGGUCCUCUUCGGUCAAUCAUCAGGUCAGUCACGACUGACCCAUGGAGGACAGAACAGAAAGCCCGAGGGCUGUGAAGGUGGAGGAGCAUUCUCGAUGUGUCAUCCUUACUUACUUCCAGGGCGACAUCAACAGUAUGGUGGACGCUCAUUUCACCCGCGCUCUCAGCAAAGUCUGCAAGGCCAAGGCUCCGGCCGCAAAGUCAAAAAAAAUCCGUAAAACAAUUAAACUUGAGGACAGCAGCCCUUGUCAGGACAGUGCUGUCAACCAUUACAUAGAGUCACAGGCCCCUCCCGUGGCAGGACGUCUCCUGACGUUUAGCCCCGCAGAUGAAACUCCCCCCGGCUCGUGGCACUCACUCCCUGCCAGGGCAGGAGAGGGCCCAGGCUUGCCGUCCAUCUCAUACUCCCUGUCCCCAGAUGGGUUGAGCCUUACCGGACAGCAAUACGGAACAUCCCUGCUCAACCUGCUGCAUAGUGACAGGGGGGAGAUGGGACCCAGCAUGGCCUCCAGCUCCAAGCCAGAACUGCUUCCCAGCUGGAUAAUGCCUCCAGGGUUCAGAGAGUCUGUGGACCCUGCUUUAGGAUUUGAGCCUGAACGCCGUCUGGACAAGAAGGACUUGUACUGGUAUUGAAGGGGCGAGUGCCUGGAGCAGCAGAGACACAGGAUGGUCUCAACCACACGACAUAACAGCUGGCUCCCUGUUCAUUCAGGCAGCUGCCAGAUGUAUUCUUUUUAUCAAACAGGCCACGGGCCUCAACCCACGAAGAAGAAACAGCAGCGCCUCCAUUUCCUGCCUCGCUCUCGCCAUGUUUCAGUGAAAUGACAUCUGUACCUCAGCAUGUAAUAACUGGAACAACCUUUCUGCAAGUGGAACAUUCUCUGACAAACCUGUUCUUUAACUCUAUCGUUCCUCUAGUAGAUCUCAGAGCAACCGCAUAUGUUGUUGCUCCCUUUGCGGUGGAGUUGGAUGAAGGGCAUUUUCUUGUGUCUUAUCUUAGUGGACCCUCACCAGUAGCUGGACCAGUAUUAGACCAAUAUAUUAUUAAUUACAUAUCGAUGUUAAUAUCUCUCUGUAGUUCACCUGCAAGAGUUUAAGUAGUUAGUAUUUUAACAUAUGCAAAAGAGAAGGACAAUCAUGUAAUCUUAAUAACUUGUUUUCUGUAUUUGCCUCUAAAGUUUAAAAAAAAUAAAUAUGAAAAACCAAA